UUCAGUCACCCUUUUUUUUUGGCUUGGGAGAACGUGAAGCCUAAACCGUCCUUUAAAACCCCAAGCCACGAGGUUCAACAGUGAAAACAACAGUGUAUUGUGCACUGUGCAGCUCUGCUCUGAGUUCGUAACGAGCCGUUUCCACCACUUCCAGCCUCCCGACUGUUGCCUUGCGUCGCCUCGCUAAUUUCUCAAUUCCAUCUUACUGAUUUGCAGAGGAUAAAGCACAGAUGCCCCACAGAACACGGCCUAUGACAGCGCUGUUAGUGUUCACCGGCCUCAACGUUGUCUUGGUCUCAACCAUUACUCCUGUCUAUGAUUUUGUCUGCUUCCUUCCUUACUGGGAAAGACGGCGAGAACAGCGUCGUCUUGAACGUGAAGCUUUAGCACAUAGAUCUCAAUCAUCCUGAAAGAUCUCUGGGAUCCUUUUGGAUUAAUGACUAAUUUAUUAAAUGCAUCACUUUGAGUGCUAAUUUUUCUUCUUGGAAGUCAAGAUGUACAAUAAGAGGUGAGGUGAGAGGCCCUUGCCCAUUGCUUGUUGUGUCUGAAUUUCCAUAGAUUGGAAACUGUUACUGUGAGAAAGGGGAAAUGCUAUGUCAAAGUCUUUUUAAGACUUCAUGGAUGUAUUAAAGUGAUCAAAAUUACAAGGUUGGGCUGUGCAGAUGGUGUGUGAUUCAAUGGAGUGCCAUCAUCAAACAUGACGCUUGAACUCUUAAAUUGUAAUUUUCUGGAAUCAAAUUAAUAGUAGCUUUAGCCUUACUUAUGUUUGGAUAUCCCCUUAGAUAGGGAUACUCUUAUGGACAAAUAAGAAAUAACAUGCCAUUGUCCAGGAAGCUAAAUUUUCAAAUGCUAUGCAAAAGUUCAUCAAGAUUUUGUAGUUGAAUGACUUGGUCGAUCAUAAAUUUAUAAUUCACAUGGCUUCUUCUAUUUCUAAAUUUCUAAAAGAUUGUAUUGGUGGGUGUGUGGCGUUGCAAGUUUCUAUAUGGACUUAUCUUUGCCUAUCUUUCUCAUAUAUAGGAUCCAACAAGCGUUUCAUCUUUGGAUUGUUUGUUAAAAUGGAAACCCCAAUCUUCUUGAUGUAAGAAUGUCAGAAUAUUGAUAGUCGUGAAGUAAUUGGAAAGGAAUCUCAAAAAUCCAAAUGAAUGUACUAUA